GAGACAAAUUCAUCAACUAAAAACCCAGAAGAACAGUGUUUUGGAAGAAAGAGAAGAACUGGAUGUUUUGAGGAAGGAUCUCAAAAGUAAGAAUCUUGAGGUUGAAGCUGCCUUGAAAACCAUCAGUCAAGAGAAAGAAACUUUUAUUCAGAUGAAGGUUGAAGUAGAAAAAGAGAGAGAACCUUUUUUGCUUGAAAAGGAACAAAUGGGAGGACAAUGGUCUGACUUGAAAAAGAGAGAAAACAAGCAAAUGGAGAGAAUGAAAUCCAUUGAAUCCCUGAGAAUAAGACAUCAAGAGCUUGAUGCCAGGAUGAGUCAAGACAUGAACCACAAAGUUAUCAGAUUGGAACAAAACAAGGAAGACAUCCUGAAACUGGUCAGUAUUCUAGAGGAAAAGCAAGAGGCUCUGGGUGUACAUAAAAUCAAUAUGAAGAGCUGCACUGAGAUGCUCGUGAGAGAAAGAGAAGGAUUGAAGAGUCUUAUGUCAGAAAUUGUUUUCCAGAGACAAGACAUGGAAAAUCAACUGAAGGCAGAGACCUUGUCGGAAAAGAAAGAUCUCUUGAAACUAAAAGGAGAACUGGAUGAGGAGAGAGAAGAUCUGGAAAGACUGUCUGAGAAGAUGGACCAAGAAAAAGUGGUCUUGAAUCUGAUGAGAUAUGAAAACCAGAAACAAUGUGACUUAUUACAACAAGGUGAGCAAGAUAUAAAAGAGGAAAUAGACAAAUUAAAACUCACAAAGACUGAACUACAACAGAAGAAGGAACAUGUCUACAGUCUGUUGGAUGACGUAAACCAAGAGAAAAGCAACAUUAAAGAUCUGACUCUUCAGGUUCACACACAGAGAAAGAAGCUUCAGAAUGUGACCAACAUGAUUGCCUUGAAGCAAAGAGAGCAAGACGUAAAGGACAGUGACAUCAGGAGACAAAUUCAUGAACUAAAAACCCAGAAGAACAGUGUUUUGGAAGAAAGAGAAGAACUGGAUGUUUUGAGGAAGGAUCUCAACAGUAAGAAUCUUGAGGUUGAAGCUGCCUUGAAAACCAUCAGUCAAGAGAAAGAAACCUUUAUUCAGAUCAAGGUUGAAGUAGAAAAAGAGAGAGAACUGCUUUUGAUUGAAAAGGAACAAAUGGGAGGACAAUGGUCUGACUUGAAAAAGAGAGAAAACAAGCAAAUGGACACAGUGAAAUCCUUUGAAUCCCUGAGAAUAAGACAUCAAGAGCUUGAUGCCAGGAUGAGUCAAGACAUGAACCACAAAGUUAUCAGAUUGGAACAAAACCAGGAAGACAUCCUGAAACUGGUCAGUAUUCUAGAGAAAACGCAAGAGGCUCUGGGUGUACAUAAAAUCAAUAUGAAGAGCUGCAGUGAGAUGCUCGUGAGAGAAAGAGAAGGAUUGAAGAGUCUUAUGUCAGAAAUUGUCUUCCAGAGACAAGACAUGGAAAAUCAACUGAAGGCAGAGACCUUGUCGGGAAAGAAAGAUCUCUUGAAACUAAAAGCAGAACUGGAUGAGAAGAGAGAAGAUCUGGAAAGACUGUCUGACAAGAUGGAACAGGAAAAAGUGGUCUUAAAUCUGAUGAGAUAUGAAAACCAGAAACAAAGUGACCUAUUACAACAAGGUGUGCAAGAUAUAAAAGAGGAAAUAGACAAAUUAAAACUCACAAAGACUGAACUACAACAGAAGAAGGAACAUGUCGACAGUCUGUUGGAUGACGUAAACCAAGAGAAAAGCAACAUUAAAGAUCUGACUCUUCAGGUUCACACACAGAGAAAGAAGCUUCAGAAUGUGACCAACAUGAUCGCCUUGAAGCAAAGAGAGCAAGACGUAAAGGACAGUGACAUCAGAAGACAAAUUCAUCAACUAAAAACCCAGAAGAACAGUGUUUUGGAAGAAAGAGAAGAACUGGAUGUUUUGAGGAAGGAUCUCAACAGUAAGAAUCUUGAGGUUGAAGCUGCCAUGAAAACCAUCAGUCAAGAGAAAGAAGACUUUAUUCAGAUGAAGGUUGAAGUAGAAAACGAGAGAGAACUGCUUUUGAUUGAAAAGGAACAAAUGGGAGGACAAUGGUCUGACUUGAAAAAGAGAGAAAACAAGCAAAUGGACACAAUGAAAUCCCUUGAAUCCCUGAGAAUAAGACAUCAAGAGCUUGAUGCCAGGAUGAGUCAAGACAUGAACCACAAAAUUAUCAGAUUGGAACAAAACAAGGAAGACAUCCUGAAACUGGUCAGUAUUCUAGAGGAAAAGCAAGAGGCUCUGGGUGUACAUACAAUCAUUAUGAAGAGCUGCACUGAGAUGCUCGUGAUAGAAAGAGAAGGAUUGAAGAGUCUUAUGUCAGAAAUUGUCUUCCAGAGACAAGACAUGGAAAAUCAACUGAAGGCAGAGACAUUGUCGGGAAAGAAAUAUCUCUUGAAACUAAAAGCAGAACUGGAUGAGAAGAGAGAAGAUCUGGAAAGACUGUCUGAAAAGAUGGAACAGGAAAAAGUGGUCUUGAAUCUGAUGAGAUAUGAAAACCAGAAACAAUGUGACCUAUUACAACAAGGUGAGCAAGAUAUAAAAGAGGAAAUAGACAAAUUAAAACUCACAAAGACUGAACUACAACAGAAGAAGGAACAUGUCUACAGUCUGUUGGAUGACGUAAACCAAGAGAAAAGCAACAUUAAAGAUCUGACUCUUCAGGUUCACACACAGAGAAAGAAGCUUCAGAAUGUGACCAACAUGAUCGCCUUGAAGCAAAGAGAGCAAGACGUAAAGGACAGUGACAUCAGGAGACAAAUUCAUGAACUAAAAACCCAGAAGAACAGUGUUUUGGAAGAAAGAGAAGAACUGGAUGUUUUGAGGAAGGAUCUCAACAGUAAGAAUCUUGAGGUUGAAGCUGCCUUGAAAACCAUCAGUCAAGAGAAAGAAACCUUUAUUCAGAUGAAGGUUGAAGUAGAAAAAGAGAGAGAACUGCUUUUGAUUGAAAAGGAACAAAUGGGAGGACAAUGGUCUGACUUGAAAAAGAGAGAAAACAAGCAAAUGGACACAGUGAAAUCCAUUGAAUCCCUGAGAAUAAGACAUCAAGAGCUUGAUGCCAGGAUGAGUCAAGACAUGAACCACAAAGUUAUCAGAUUGGAACAAAACAAGGAAGACAUCCUGAAACUGGUCAGUAUUCUAGAGGAAACGCAAGAGGCUCUGGGUGUACAUAAAAUCAAUAUGAAGAGCUGCAGUGAGAUGCUCGUGAGAGAAAGAGAAGGAUUGAAGAGUCUUAUGUCAGAAAUUGUCUUCCAGAGACAAGACAUGGAAAAUCAACUGAAGGCAGAGACCUUGUCGGGAAAGAAAGAUCUCUUGAAACUAAAAGCAGAACUGGAUGAGAAGAGAGAAGAUCUGGAAAGACUGUCUGAAAAGAUGGAACAGGAAAAAGUGGUCUUAAAUCUGAUGAGAUAUGAAAACCAGAAACAAAGUGACCUAUUACAACAAGGUGUGCAAGAUAUAAAAGAGGAAAUAGACAAAUUAAAACUCACAAAGACUGAACUACAACAGAAGAAGGAACAUGUCGACAGUCUGUUGGAUGACGUAAACCAAGAGAAAAGCAACAUUAAAGAUCUGACUCUUCAGGUUCACACACAGAGAAAGAAGCUUCAGAAUGUGACCAACAUGAUCGACUUGAAGCAAAGAGAGCAAGAAGGUAAGGACAGUGACAUCAGGAGACAAAUUCAUGAACUAAAAACCCAGAAGAACAGUGUUUUGGAAGAAAGAGAAGAACUGGAUGUUUUGAGGAAGGAUCUCAAAAGUAAGAAUCUUGAGGUUGAAGCUGCCAUGAAAACCAUCAGUCAAGAGAAAGAAACCUUUAUUCAGAUGAAGGUUGAAGUAGAAAAAGAGAGAGAACUGCUUUUGAUUGAAAAGGAACAAAUGGGAGGACAAUGGUCUGACUUGAAAAAGAGAGAAAAGAAGCAAAUGGACACAAUGAAAUCCAUUGAAUCCCUGUUAAUAAGACAUCAAGAGCUUGAUGCCAGGAUGAGUCAAGACAUGAACCACAAAAUUAUCAGUUUGGAACAAAACAAGGAAGACAUCCUGAAACUGGUCAGUAUUCUAGAGGAAAAGCAAGAGGCUCUGGGUGUACAUAAAAUCAUUAUGAAGAGCUGCACUGAGAUGCUCGUGAUAGAAAGAGAAGGAUUGAAGAGUCUUAUGUCAGAAAUUGUCUUCCAGAGACAAGACAUGGAAAAUCAACUGAAGGAAGAGACCUUGUCGGGAAAGAAAGAUCUCUUGAAACUAAAAGCAGAACUUGAUGAUGAGAGAGAAGAUCUGGAAAGACUGUCUGAGAAGAUGGACCAAGAAAAAGUGGUCUUGAAUCUGAUGAGAUAUGAAAACCAGAAACAAUGUGAACUAUUACAACAAGAUGAGCAAGAUAUAAAAGAGGAUAUAGAAAAAUGUAAACUCACAAAGACUGAACUACAACAGAAGAAGGAACAUGUCGACAGUCUGUUGGAUGACGUAAACCAAGAGAAAAGCAACAUUAAAUAUCUGACUCUUAAGGUUCACAGACAGAGAAAGAAGCUUCAGAAUGUGACCAACAUGAUCGCCUUGAAGCAAAGAGAGCAAGAAGUAAAGGACAGUGACAUCAGGAUACAAAUUCAUGAACUAAAAACCCAGAAGAACAGUGUUUUGGAAGAAAGAGAAGAACUGGAUGUUUUGAGGAAGGAUCUCAACAGUAAGAAUCUUGAGGUUGAAGCUGCCAUGAAAACCAUCAGUCAAGAGAAAGAAACCUUUAUUCAGAUGAAGGUUGAAGUAGAAAAAGAGAGAGAACUGCUUUUGAUUAAAAAAGAACAAAUGGGAGGACAAUGGUCUGACUUGAAAAAGAGAGAAAACAAGCAAAUGGACACAAUGAAAUCCAUUGAAUCCCUGUUAAUAAGACAUCAAGAGCUUGAUGCCAGGAUGAGUCAAGACAUGAACCACAAAAUUAUCAGAUUGGAACAAAACAAGGAAGACAUCCUGAAACUGGUCAGUAUUCUAGAGGAAAAGCAAGAGGCUCUGGGUGUACAUACAAUCAUUAUGAAGAGCUGCACUGAGAUGCUCGUGAUAGAAAGAGAAGGAUUGAAGAGUUUUAUGUCAGAAAUUGUCUUCCAGAGACAAGACAUGGAAAAUCAACUGAAGGCAGAGACAUUGUCGGGAAAGAAAUAUCUCUUGAAACUAAAAGCAGAACUGGAUGAGAAGAGAGAAGAUCUGGAAAGACUGUCUGAAAAGAUGGAACAGGAAAAAGUGGUCUUGAAUCUGAUGAGAUAUGAAAACCAGAAACAAUGUGACCUAUUACAACAAGGUGAGCAAGAUAUAAAAGAGGAAAUAGACAAAUUAAAACUCACAAAGACUGAACUACAACAGAAGAAGGAACAUGUCUACAGUCUGUUGGAUGACGUAAACCAAGAGAAAAGCAACAUUAAAGAUCUGACUCUUCAGGUUCACACACAGAGAAAGAAGCUUCAGAAUGUGACCAACAUGAUCGCCUUGAAGCAAAGAGAGCAAGACGUAAAGGACAGUGACAUCAGGAGACAAAUUCAUGAACUAAAAACCCAGAAGAACAGUGUUUUGGAAGAAAGAGAAGAACUGGAUGUUUUGAGGAAGGAUCUCAACAGUAAGAAUCUUGAGGUUGAAGCUGCCUUGAAAACCAUCAGUCAAGAGAAAGAAACCUUUAUUCAGAUGAAGGUUGAAGUAGAAAAAGAGAGAGAACUGCUUUUGAUUGAAAAGGAACAAAUGGGAGGACAAUGGUCUGACUUGAAAAAGAGAGAAAACAAGCAAAUGGACACAGUGAAAUCCAUUGAAUCCCUGAGAAUAAGACAUCAAGAGCUUGAUGCCAGGAUGAGUCAAGACAUGAACCACAAAGUUAUCAGAUUGGAACAAAACAAGGAAGACAUCCUGAAACUGGUCAGUAUUCUAGAGGAAACGCAAGAGGCUCUGGGUGUACAUAAAAUCAAUAUGAAGAGCUGCAGUGAGAUGCUCGUGAGAGAAAGAGAAGGAUUGAAGAGUCUUAUGUCAGAAAUUGUCUUCCAGAGACAAGACAUGGAAAAUCAACUGAAGGCAGAGACAUUGUCGGGAAAGAAAUAUCUCUUGAAACUAAAAGCAGAACUGGAUGAGAAGAGAGAAGAUCUGGAAAGACUGUCUGAAAAGAUGGAACAGGAAAAAGUGGUCUUGAAUCUGAUGAGAUAUGAAAACCAGAAACAAUGUGACCUAUUACAACAAGGUGAGCAAGAUAUAAAAGAGGAAAUAGACAAAUUAAAACUCACAAAGACUGAACUACUACAGAAGAAGGAACAUGUCGACAGUCUGUUGGAUGACGUAAACCAAGAGAAAAGCAACAUUAAAGAUCUGACUCUUCAGGUUCACACACAGAGAAAGAAGCUUCAGAAUGUGACCAACAUGAUCGCCUUGAAGCAAAGAGAGCAAGACGUAAAGGACAGUGACAUCAGGAGACAAAUUCAUGAACUAAAAACCCAGAAGAACAGUGUUUUGGAAGAAAGAGAAGAACUGGAUGUUUUGAGGAAGGAUCUCAACAGUAAGAAUCUUGAGGUUGAAGCUGCCUUGAAAACCAUCAGUCAAGAGAAAGAAACCUUUAUUCAGAUGAAGGUUGAAGUAGAAAAAGAGAGAGAACUGCUUUUGAUUGAAAAGGAACAAAUGGGAGGACAAUGGUCUGACUUGAAAAAGAGAGAAAACAAGCAAAUGGACAGAAUGAAAUCCAUUGAAUCCCUGAGAAUAAGACAUCAAGAGCUUGAUGCCAGGAUGAGUCAAGACAUGAACCACAAAGUUAUCAGAUUGGGACAAAACAAGGAAGACAUCCUGAAACUGGUCAGUAUUCUAGAGGAAAAGCAAGAGGCUCUGGGUGUACAUAAAAUCAAUAUGAACAGCUGCAGUGAGAUGCUCGUGAGAGAAAGAGAAGGAUUGAAGAGUCUUAUGUCAGAAAUUGUCUUCCAGAGACAAGACAUGGAAAAUCAACUGAAGGCAGAGACCUUGUCGGGAAAGAAAGAUCUCUUGAAACUAAAAGCAGAACUGGAUGAGAAGAGAGAAGAUCUGGAAAGACUGUCUGACAAGAUGGAACAGGAAAAAGUGGUCUUAAAUCUGAUGAGAUAUGAAAACCAGAAACAAAGUGACCUAUUACAACAAGGUGUGCAAGAUAUAAAAGAGGAAAUAGACAAAUUAAAACUCACAAAGACUGAACUACAACAGAAGAAGGAACAUGUCUACAGUCUGUUGGAUGACGUAAACCAAGAGAAAAGCAACAUUAAAGAUCUGACUCUUCAGGUUCACACACAGAGAAAGAAGCUUCAGAAUGUGACCAACAUGAUCGCCUUGAAGCAAAGAGAGCAAGACGUAAAGGACAGUGACAUCAGGAGACAAAUUCAUGAACUAAAAACCCAGAAGAACAGUGUUUUGGAAGAAAGAGAAGAACUGGAUGUUUUGAGGAAGGAUCUCAACAGUAAGAAUCUUGAGGUUGAAGCUGCCUUGAAAACCAUCAGUCAAGAGAAAGAAACCUUUAUUCAGAUGAAGGUUGAAGUAGAAAAAGAGAGAGAACUGCUUUUGAUUGAAAAGGAACAAAUGGGAGGACAAUGGUCUGACUUGAAAAAGAGAGAAAACAAGCAAAUGGACACAGUGAAAUCCAUUGAAUCCCUGAGAAUAAGACAUCAAGAGCUUGAUGCCAGGAUGAGUCAAGACAUGAACCACAAAGUUAUCAGAUUGGAACAAAACAAGGAAGACAUCCUGAAACUGGUCAGUAUUCUAGAGGAAACGCAAGAGGCUCUGGGUGUACAUAAAAUCAAUAUGAAGAGCUGCAGUGAGAUGCUCGUGAGAGAAAGAGAAGGAUUGAAGAGUCUUAUGUCAGAAAUUGUCUUCCAGAGACAAGACAUGGAAAAUCAACUGAAGGCAGAGACCUUGUCGGGAAAGAAAGAUCUCUUGAAACUAAAAGCAGAACUGGAUGAGAAGAGAGAAGAUCUGGAAAGACUGUCUGAAAAGAUGGAACAGGAAAAAGUGGUCUUAAAUCUGAUGAGAUAUGAAAACCAGAAACAAAGUGACCUAUUACAACAAGGUGUGCAAGAUAUAAAAGAGGAAAUAGACAAAUUAAAACUCACAAAGACUGAACUACAACAGAAGAAGGAACAUGUCGACAGUCUGUUGGAUGACGUAAACCAAGAGAAAAGCAACAUUAAAGAUCUGACUCUUCAGGUUCACACACAGAGAAAGAAGCUUCAGAAUGUGACCAACAUGAUCGACUUGAAGCAAAGAGAGCAAGAAGGUAAGGACAGUGACAUCAGGAGACAAAUUCAUGAACUAAAAACCCAGAAGAACAGUGUUUUGGAAGAAAGAGAAGAACUGGAUGUUUUGAGGAAGGAUCUCAAAAGUAAGAAUCUUGAGGUUGAAGCUGCCAUGAAAACCAUCAGUCAAGAGAAAGAAACCUUUAUUCAGAUGAAGGUUGAAGUAGAAAAAGAGAGAGAACUGCUUUUGAUUGAAAAGGAACAAAUGGGAGGACAAUGGUCUGACUUGAAAAAGAGAGAAAAGAAGCAAAUGGACACAAUGAAAUCCAUUGAAUCCCUGUUAAUAAGACAUCAAGAGCUUGAUGCCAGGAUGAGUCAAGACAUGAACCACAAAAUUAUCAGUUUGGAACAAAACAAGGAAGACAUCCUGAAACUGGUCAGUAUUCUAGAGGAAAAGCAAGAGGCUCUGGGUGUACAUAAAAUCAUUAUGAAGAGCUGCACUGAGAUGCUCGUGAUAGAAAGAGAAGGAUUGAAGAGUCUUAUGUCAGAAAUUGUCUUCCAGAGACAAGACAUGGAAAAUCAACUGAAGGAAGAGACCUUGUCGGGAAAGAAAGAUCUCUUGAAACUAAAAGCAGAACUUGAUGAUGAGAGAGAAGAUCUGGAAAGACUGUCUGAGAAGAUGGACCAAGAAAAAGUGGUCUUGAAUCUGAUGAGAUAUGAAAACCAGAAACAAUGUGAACUAUUACAACAAGAUGAGCAAGAUAUAAAAGAGGAUAUAGAAAAAUGUAAACUCACAAAGACUGAACUACAACAGAAGAAGGAACAUGUCGACAGUCUGUUGGAUGACGUAAACCAAGAGAAAAGCAACAUUAAAUAUCUGACUCUUAAGGUUCACAGACAGAGAAAGAAGCUUCAGAAUGUGACCAACAUGAUCGCCUUGAAGCAAAGAGAGCAAGAAGUAAAGGACAGUGACAUCAGGAUACAAAUUCAUGAACUAAAAACCCAGAAGAACAGUGUUUUGGAAGAAAGAGAAGAACUGGAUGUUUUGAGGAAGGAUCUCAACAGUAAGAAUCUUGAGGUUGAAGCUGCCAUGAAAACCAUCAGUCAAGAGAAAGAAACCUUUAUUCAGAUGAAGGUUGAAGUAGAAAAAGAGAGAGAACUGCUUUUGAUUAAAAAAGAAAGAAUGGAAAGACAAUGGUCUGAAUUGAAAAAGAGAGAAAACAAGCAAAUGGACACAAUGAAAUCCAUUGAAUCCCUGAGAAUAAGACAUCAAGAGCUUGAUGCCAGGAUGAGUCAAGACAUGAACCACAAAAUUAUCAGAUUGGAACAAAACAAGGAAGACAUCCUGAAACUGGUCAGUAUUCUAGAGGAAAAGCAAGAGGCUCUGGGUGUACAUAAAAUCAUUAUGAAGAGCUGCACUGAGAUGCUCGUGAGAAAAAGAGAAGAAUUGAGGAGUCUGAUGUCAGAAAUUGUCUUCCAGAGACAAGACAUGGAAAAUCAACUGAAGGCAGUGACCUUGUCAGAAAAGAAAGAUCUCUUGAAACUAAAAGCAGAACUGGAUCAGAAGAGAGUAGAUCUGGAAAGACUGUCUGAGAAGAUGGACCAGGAAAAAUUGGUCUUGAAUCUGAUGAGAUAUGAAAACCAGAAACAAUGUGACCUAUUACAACAAGGUGAGCAAGAUAUAAAAGUGGAAAUAGACAAAUUAAAACUCACAAAGACUGAACUACUACAGAAGAAGGAACAUGUCGACAGUCUGUUGGAUGACGUACACCAAGAGAAAAGCAACAUUAAAGAUCUGACUCUUCAGGUUCACACACAGAGAAAGAAGCUUCAGAAUGUGACCAACAUGAUAUUCUUGAAGCAAAGAGAGCAAGAAGUAAAGGACAGUGACAUCAGGAUACAAAUUCAUGAACUAAAAACCCAGAAGAACAGUGUUUUGGAAGAAAGAGAAGAACUGGAUGUUUUGAGGAAGGAUCUCAAAAGUAAGAAUCUUGAGGUUGAAGCUGCCAUGAAAACCAUCAGUCAAGAGAAAGAAACCUUUAUUCAGAUGAAGGUUGAAGUAGAAAAAGAGAGAGAACUGCUUUUGAUUGAAAAGGAACAAAUGGGAGGACAAUGGUCUGACUUGAAAAAGAGAGAAAAGAAGCAAAUGGACACAAUGAAAUCCAUUGAAUCCCUGUUAAUAAGACAUCAAGAGCUUGAUGCCAGGAUGAGUCAAGACAUGAACCACAAAAUUAUCAGUUUGGAACAAAACAAGGAAGACAUCCUGAAACUGGUCAGUAUUCUAGAGGAAAAGCAAGAGGCUCUGGGUGUACAUAAAAUCAUUAUGAAGAGCUGCACUGAGAUGCUCGUGAUAGAAAGAGAAGGAUUGAAGAGUCUUAUGUCAGAAAUUGUCUUCCAGAGACAAGACAUGGAAAAUCAACUGAAGGAAGAGACCUUGUCGGGAAAGAAAGAUCUCUUGAAACUAAAAGCAGAACUUGAUGAUGAGAGAGAAGAUCUGGAAAGACUGUCUGAGAAGAUGGACCAAGAAAAAGUGGUCUUGAAUCUGAUGAGAUAUGAAAACCAGAAACAAUGUGAACUAUUACAACAAGAUGAGCAAGAUAUAAAAGAGGAUAUAGAAAAAUGUAAACUCACAAAGACUGAACUACAACAGAAGAAGGAACAUGUCGACAGUCUGUUGGAUGACGUAAACCAAGAGAAAAGCAACAUUAAAUAUCUGACUCUUAAGGUUCACAGACAGAGAAAGAAGCUUCAGAAUGUGACCAACAUGAUCGCCUUGAAGCAAAGAGAGCAAGAAGUAAAGGACAGUGACAUCAGGAUACAAAUUCAUGAACUAAAAACCCAGAAGAACAGUGUUUUGGAAGAAAGAGAAGAACUGGAUGUUUUGAGGAAGGAUCUCAACAGUAAGAAUCUUGAGGUUGAAGCUGCCAUGAAAACCAUCAGUCAAGAGAAAGAAACCUUUAUUCAGAUGAAGGUUGAAGUAGAAAAAGAGAGAGAACUGCUUUUGAUUAAAAAAGAAAGAAUGGAAAGACAAUGGUCUGAAUUGAAAAAGAGAGAAAACAAGCAAAUGGACACAAUGAAAUCCAUUGAAUCCCUGAGAAUAAGACAUCAAGAGCUUGAUGCCAGGAUGAGUCAAGACAUGAACCACAAAAUUAUCAGAUUGGAACAAAACAAGGAAGACAUCCUGAAACUGGUCAGUAUUCUAGAGGAAAAGCAAGAGGCUCUGGGUGUACAUAAAAUCAUUAUGAAGAGCUGCACUGAGAUGCUCGUGAGAAAAAGAGAAGAAUUGAGGAGUCUGAUGUCAGAAAUUGUCUUCCAGAGACAAGACAUGGAAAAUCAACUGAAGGCAGUGACCUUGUCAGAAAAGAAAGAUCUCUUGAAACUAAAAGCAGAACUGGAUCAGAAGAGAGUAGAUCUGGAAAGACUGUCUGAGAAGAUGGACCAGGAAAAAUUGGUCUUGAAUCUGAUGAGAUAUGAAAACCAGAAACAAUGUGACCUAUUACAACAAGGUGAGCAAGAUAUAAAAGUGGAAAUAGACAAAUUAAAACUCACAAAGACUGAACUACUACAGAAGAAGGAACAUGUCGACAGUCUGUUGGAUGACGUACACCAAGAGAAAAGCAACAUUAAAGAUCUGACUCUUCAGGUUCACACACAGAGAAAGAAGCUUCAGAAUGUGACCAACAUGAUAUUCUUGAAGCAAAGAGAGCAAGAAGUAAAGGACAGUGACAUCAGGAUACAAAUUCAUGAACUAAAAACCCAGAAGAACAGUGUUUUGGAAGAAAGAGAAGAACUGGAUGUUUUGAGGAAGGAUCUCAACAGUAAGAAUCUUGAGGUUGAAGCUGCCUUGAAAACCAUCAGGUUAGAGAAAGAAGACUUUAUUCAGAUGAAGGUUGAAGUAGAAAACGAGAGAGAACUGCUUUUGAUUGAAAAGGAACAAAAGGGAGGACAAUGGUCUGACUUAAAAAAGAGAGAAAACAAGCAAAUUGAUCAAGUGAAAUACAUUGAAUUCCUGAGAAUAAGAUAUCGAGAGCUUGAUGCCAGGAUGAGUCAAGAAAUGAACCACAAAAUUAUCAGAUUGGAACAAAACAAGGAAGACAUCUUGAAACUGGUCAGUAUUCUAGAGAAAAAGCAAAAGGCUCUGGGUGUACAUAAAAUCAAUAUGAAGAGCUGCACUGAGAUGCUUGUGAGAGAAAGAGAAGGAUUGAAGAGUCUGAUGUCAGAAAUUGUCUUCCAGAGACAAGACAUGGAAAAUCAACUGAAGGCAGAGACCUUGUCGGGAAAGAAAGAUCUCUUGAAACUAAAAGCAGAACUGGAUGAGAAGAGAGAAGAUCUGGAAAGACUGUCUGACAAGAUGGAACAGGAAAAAGUGGUCUUAAAUCUGAUGAGAUAUGAAAACCAGAAACAAAGUGACCUAUUACAACAAGGUGUGCAAGAUAUAAAAGAGGAAAUAGACAAAUUAAAACUCACAAAGACUGAACUACAACAGAAGAAGGAACAUGUCGACAGUCUGUUGGAUGACGUAAACCAAGAGAAAAGCAACAUUAAAGAUCUGACUCUUCAGGUUCACACACAGAGAAAGAAGCUUCAGAAUGUGACCAACAUGAUCGCCUUGAAGCAAAGAGAGCAAGACGUAAAGGACAGUGACAUCAGAAGACAAAUUCAUCAACUAAAAACCCAGAAGAACAGUGUUUUGGAAGAAAGAGAAGAACUGGAUGUUUUGAGGAAGGAUCUCAACAGUAAGAAUCUUGAGGUUGAAGCUGCCAUGAAAACCAUCAGUCAAGAGAAAGAAGACUUUAUUCAGAUGAAGGUUGAAGUAGAAAACGAGAGAGAACUGCUUUUGAUUGAAAAGGAACAAAUGGGAGGACAAUGGUCUGACUUGAAAAAGAGAGAAAACAAGCAAAUGGACACAAUGAAAUCCCUUGAAUCCCUGAGAAUAAGACAUCAAGAGCUUGAUGCCAGGAUGAGUCAAGACAUGAACCACAAAAUUAUCAGAUUGGAACAAAACAAGGAAGACAUCCUGAAACUGGUCAGUAUUCUAGAGGAAAAGCAAGAGGCUCUGGGUGUACAUACAAUCAUUAUGAAGAGCUGCACUGAGAUGCUCGUGAUAGAAAGAGAAGGAUUGAAGAGUCUUAUGUCAGAAAUUGUCUUCCAGAGACAAGACAUGGAAAAUCAACUGAAGGCAGAGACAUUGUCGGGAAAGAAAUAUCUCUUGAAACUAAAAGCAGAACUGGAUGAGAAGAGAGAAGAUCUGGAAAGACUGUCUGAAAAGAUGGAACAGGAAAAAGUGGUCUUGAAUCUGAUGAGAUAUGAAAACCAGAAACAAUGUGACCUAUUACAACAAGGUGAGCAAGAUAUAAAAGAGGAAAUAGACAAAUUAAAACUCACAAAGACUGAACUACAACAGAAGAAGGAACAUGUCUACAGUCUGUUGGAUGACGUAAACCAAGAGAAAAGCAACAUUAAAGAUCUGACUCUUCAGGUUCACACACAGAGAAAGAAGCUUCAGAAUGUGACCAACAUGAUCGCCUUGAAGCAAAGAGAGCAAGACGUAAAGGACAGUGACAUCAGGAGACAAAUUCAUGAACUAAAAACCCAGAAGAACAGUGUUUUGGAAGAAAGAGAAGAACUGGAUGUUUUGAGGAAGGAUCUCAACAGUAAGAAUCUUGAGGUUGAAGCUGCCUUGAAAACCAUCAGUCAAGAGAAAGAAACCUUUAUUCAGAUGAAGGUUGAAGUAGAAAAAGAGAGAGAACUGCUUUUGAUUGAAAAGGAACAAAUGGGAGGACAAUGGUCUGACUUGAAAAAGAGAGAAAACAAGCAAAUGGACACAGUGAAAUCCAUUGAAUCCCUGAGAAUAAGACAUCAAGAGCUUGAUGCCAGGAUGAGUCAAGACAUGAACCACAAAGUUAUCAGAUUGGAACAAAACAAGGAAGACAUCCUGAAACUGGUCAGUAUUCUAGAGGAAACGCAAGAGGCUCUGGGUGUACAUAAAAUCAAUAUGAAGAGCUGCAGUGAGAUGCUCGUGAGAGAAAGAGAAGGAUUGAAGAGUCUUAUGUCAGAAAUUGUCUUCCAGAGACAAGACAUGGAAAAUCAACUGAAGGCAGAGACCUUGUCGGGAAAGAAAGAUCUCUUGAAACUAAAAGCAGAACUGGAUGAGAAGAGAGAAGAUCUGGAAAGACUGUCUGAAAAGAUGGAACAGGAAAAAGUGGUCUUAAAUCUGAUGAGAUAUGAAAACCAGAAACAAAGUGACCUAUUACAACAAGGUGUGCAAGAUAUAAAAGAGGAAAUAGACAAAUUAAAACUCACAAAGACUGAACUACAACAGAAGAAGGAACAUGUCGACAGUCUGUUGGAUGACGUAAACCAAGAGAAAAGCAACAUUAAAGAUCUGACUCUUCAGGUUCACACACAGAGAAAGAAGCUUCAGAAUGUGACCAACAUGAUCGACUUGAAGCAAAGAGAGCAAGAAGGUAAGGACAGUGACAUCAGGAGACAAAUUCAUGAACUAAAAACCCAGAAGAACAGUGUUUUGGAAGAAAGAGAAGAACUGGAUGUUUUGAGGAAGGAUCUCAAAAGUAAGAAUCUUGAGGUUGAAGCUGCCAUGAAAACCAUCAGUCAAGAGAAAGAAACCUUUAUUCAGAUGAAGGUUGAAGUAGAAAAAGAGAGAGAACUGCUUUUGAUUGAAAAGGAACAAAUGGGAGGACAAUGGUCUGACUUGAAAAAGAGAGAAAAGAAGCAAAUGGACACAAUGAAAUCCAUUGAAUCCCUGUUAAUAAGACAUCAAGAGCUUGAUGCCAGGAUGAGUCAAGACAUGAACCACAAAAUUAUCAGUUUGGAACAAAACAAGGAAGACAUCCUGAAACUGGUCAGUAUUCUAGAGGAAAAGCAAGAGGCUCUGGGUGUACAUAAAAUCAUUAUGAAGAGCUGCACUGAGAUGCUCGUGAUAGAAAGAGAAGGAUUGAAGAGUCUUAUGUCAGAAAUUGUCUUCCAGAGACAAGACAUGGAAAAUCAACUGAAGGAAGAGACCUUGUCGGGAAAGAAAGAUCUCUUGAAACUAAAAGCAGAACUUGAUGAUGAGAGAGAAGAUCUGGAAAGACUGUCUGAGAAGAUGGACCAAGAAAAAGUGGUCUUGAAUCUGAUGAGAUAUGAAAACCAGAAACAAUGUGAACUAUUACAACAAGAUGAGCAAGAUAUAAAAGAGGAUAUAGAAAAAUGUAAACUCACAAAGACUGAACUACAACAGAAGAAGGAACAUGUCGACAGUCUGUUGGAUGACGUAAACCAAGAGAAAAGCAACAUUAAAUAUCUGACUCUUAAGGUUCACAGACAGAGAAAGAAGCUUCAGAAUGUGACCAACAUGAUCGCCUUGAAGCAAAGAGAGCAAGAAGUAAAGGACAGUGACAUCAGGAUACAAAUUCAUGAACUAAAAACCCAGAAGAACAGUGUUUUGGAAGAAAGAGAAGAACUGGAUGUUUUGAGGAAGGAUCUCAACAGUAAGAAUCUUGAGGUUGAAGCUGCCAUGAAAACCAUCAGUCAAGAGAAAGAAACCUUUAUUCAGAUGAAGGUUGAAGUAGAAAAAGAGAGAGAACUGCUUUUGAUUAAAAAAGAAAGAAUGGAAAGACAAUGGUCUGAAUUGAAAAAGAGAGAAAACAAGCAAAUGGACACAAUGAAAUCCAUUGAAUCCCUGAGAAUAAGACAUCAAGAGCUUGAUGCCAGGAUGAGUCAAGACAUGAACCACAAAAUUAUCAGAUUGGAACAAAACAAGGAAGACAUCCUGAAACUGGUCAGUAUUCUAGAGGAAAAGCAAGAGGCUCUGGGUGUACAUAAAAUCAUUAUGAAGAGCUGCACUGAGAUGCUCGUGAGAAAAAGAGAAGAAUUGAGGAGUCUGAUGUCAGAAAUUGUCUUCCAGAGACAAGACAUGGAAAAUCAACUGAAGGCAGUGACCUUGUCAGAAAAGAAAGAUCUCUUGAAACUAAAAGCAGAACUGGAUCAGAAGAGAGUAGAUCUGGAAAGACUGUCUGAGAAGAUGGACCAGGAAAAAUUGGUCUUGAAUCUGAUGAGAUAUGAAAACCAGAAACAAUGUGACCUAUUACAACAAGGUGAGCAAGAUAUAAAAGUGGAAAUAGACAAAUUAAAACUCACAAAGACUGAACUACUACAGAAGAAGGAACAUGUCGACAGUCUGUUGGAUGACGUACACCAAGAGAAAAGCAACAUUAAAGAUCUGACUCUUCAGGUUCACACACAGAGAAAGAAGCUUCAGAAUGUGACCAACAUGAUAUUCUUGAAGCAAAGAGAGCAAGAAGUAAAGGACAGUGACAUCAGGAUACAAAUUCAUGAACUAAAAACCCAGAAGAACAGUGUUUUGGAAGAAAGAGAAGAACUGGAUGUUUUGAGGAAGGAUCUCAACAGUAAGAAUCUUGAGGUUGAAGCUGCCUUGAAAACCAUCAGGUUAGAGAAAGAAGACUUUAUUCAGAUGAAGGUUGAAGUAGAAAACGAGAGAGAACUGCUUUUGAUUGAAAAGGAACAAAAGGGAGGACAAUGGUCUGACUUAAAAAAGAGAGAAAACAAGCAAAUUGAUCAAGUGAAAUACAUUGAAUUCCUGAGAAUAAGAUAUCGAGAGCUUGAUGCCAGGAUGAGUCAAGAAAUGAACCACAAAAUUAUCAGAUUGGAACAAAACAAGGAAGACAUCUUGAAACUGGUCAGUAUUCUAGAGAAAAAGCAAAAGGCUCUGGGUGUACAUAAAAUCAAUAUGAAGAGCUGCACUGAGAUGCUUGUGAGAGAAAGAGAAGGAUUGAAGAGUCUGAUGUCAGAAAUGGUCUUCCAGAGGCAAGACAUGGAAAAUCAACUGAAGGCAGAGACCUCGUCGGAAAAGAAAGAUCUCUUGAAACUAAAAGCAGAACUUGAUGCGGAUAGAGAAGAUCUGGAAAGACUGUCUGAGAAGAUCGACCAAGAAAAACUGGUCUUGAAUCUGAUGAGAUAUGAAAACCUGAAACAAUGUGAACUAUUACAACAAGAUGAGCAAGAUAUAAAAGAGGAUAUAGAAAAAUGUAAACUCACAAAGACUGAACUACUACAGAAGAAGGAACAUGUCGAAAGUCUGUUGGAUGACGUAAACCAAGAGAAAAGCAACAUUAAAGAUCUGACUCUUCAGGUUCACAGACAGAGAAAGAAGCUUCAGAAUGUGACCAACAUGAUCGCCUUGAAGCAAAGAGAGCAAGAAGUAAAGGACUGUGACAUCAGGAGACAAAUUCAUGAACUAAAAACCCAGAAGAACAGUGUUUUGGAAGAAAGAGAAGAACUGGAUGUUUUGAGGAUGGAUCUCAACAAUAAGAAUCUUGAGGUUGAAGCUGCCAUGAAAACCAUCAGUCAAGAGAAAGAAGACUUUAUUCAGAUGAAGGUUGAAUUAGAAAAAGAGAGAGAACUGCUUUUGAUUGAAAAGGAAAUAAUGGAAGGACAUUGGUCUGACUUGAAAAAGAGAGAAAACAAGCAAAUGGAUACAAUGAAAUCCAUUGAAUCCCUGAGAAUAAGACUUCAAGAGCUUGAUGCCAGGAUGAGUCAAGACAUGAACCACAAAAUCAUCAGAUUGGAACAAUACAAGGAAGACAUCCUGAAACUGGUCAGUAUUCUAGAGGAAAAGCAAGAUGCUCUGGAUGUACAUAAAAUCAAUAUGAAGAGCUGCAGUGAGAUGCUUGUGAGAGAAAGAGAAGGAUUGAAGAGUCUGAUGUCAGAAAUUGUCGUCCAGAGGCAAGACAUGGAAAAUCAACUGAGGCCAGAGACUUCGUCGAAAAAGAAAGAUCUCUUGAAACUAAAAGCAGAACUGAUUAAGAAGAGAGAAGAUCUGGAAAGACCUUCUGAGAAGAUGGACCAAGAAAAACUGGUUUUGAAUCUAAUGAGAUCUGAACUCCAUAAACAUAAAAAUAUAACAUCUGGUUUUCAUGAUUUGAUACAUAGAGAGAUAAAACAUGAGGGGACAGUAAAGUUUGACAAGGCGGUACAAACUGAGGCCUUACCAAAAGAAUCACUGCAAGAGCACGAUGUCAAGAAACAGGAUUUUAAGAAACAUAAAGACUUUGAAUAUGACUCUGACCUGCACUCAGAUGUCAUGAUCCAGACUGAAGAAUUUAAACAUCAGUGGAAGUUGCCAGGAGAUAAAGUGGAUAUUGAACGAGAACGUAAACACUUGUUAACCAAGAGGAAAUGUCUGCUAAUGGUUAUGGAAGAAAUGGAAAAUGAACAGAAACACAAGCUUGCAACAUUGUUCAAGCUGGAAACAGAGCAAAAUUAUUUUACAGCUGAGAAAAUGUCAAAAAGUGAUUGUUUGCAAAAGAUCUGGAAGAGUACUACAUUACAACGUAAGGAGAUUGAUAGUAUGAAAUCCAGGGGUCAUGAAAUAAGAAAUAAUCUGGAGAAAAGACUAAAGAUUAUCAAUCAGUUUGUUAAAAGAACAUGUUACAGGGAGCUACAGGAUAAGACAAAACUGGGAGAAAGACUAAGUAAGAACACAAAAUCUGAAAGGGACGGGGCGAGAGACAGCAAAAUACUGAAUGAAAAAUAUUCAGAGCUCAAACAACUUAAGUUUCGGAUGCUGAGCGAAAUUGACAAACUCCUCACGAAAGAAACAGAGAAUAGGACACAGAAGACUUGUGACAAAGCUAAUCAAACAUUACAGUUGGAUAUAACCAUGGGAAAUGAAGGUUCUACCAAAACACAACAAGAGCAAAUGAUGCAAACAGAAGCCUCUUCAGAAACAUCCAGUGGACUCCUCAGUCAGCUCCGGCAUUACUGCUGUCACUGCUGCCCCUGUUGUGCCUGCUGUACGCAAGGGAGCACAUAUCAGAGAUGAGUGACAGGUUCAUGUCUCUGCAGUUUUUAAUUUGAAUGUUUUAAUGUUCUGGCAGGAAUCUAAAGUACCUUUCAGCACGUUUGCACUUAAAAUAUAAAGAUAACACCUGGACAUUUAGAAACAGCUUGUGUUUUAGCUCGUUGGGCCUGAAUCACAGUACCAGGCAAGGGUUCGGAUGGGACAGUCUAGAUACCUGAAAACUGAAAAUUAAUUAUGUUUGGUUCGUAUUAGCUUAAGUGAACUAUUUAAUGACUUUUACACCAUAUUUCUUUGUAUGUUUUUCUAACAUAACAGCAUAAGAUGUAUUAGUGUCAUAAGAAUGUUUUGAAGUAUAAUGUAUUAGAUGUAAGAAUACUAACAGUUAUCAUUUAAAAUACUUGAGAUCUGCCUCUGUCAAGUAACGUUUUAUUCGCUGGUUUGUUUUUCUUGCUCUUCGUUUAAAGUAAUGAAAGUUUUGGUGAAAUUAUUUAUUUGUUAAAUCAUUUAUGUGUUAAAGCAAACCGCAUUUCUAAUAAAAUCUUCCACA